GUGCAGCCAAACGAUAAGGUCAUUCUGUGCUAAGGUGGGGGACUGUACUACAAUGAACUGUAUUGCGACAUAUCUUUUGCCUUCACAGUCUGCGUUUACAUCGUAAUUCUAACACAGGACGGCGUAUUAUAAACAAGUCGCUUCGAAAAGAAAUAAUAUUAUUAAAAGCUUUUAUUUAAAAGAGAAUUGGACGCGGUCGUUCCCACUGCGCAACGCGUCGCCGCGCGCACUGUCAGUUUGUGUCUGUAAGUUACGCCAGGCGCCAGUGCUGCCCGAAAUCUACGAUAAAACCCACAAAACGUCAUGGUGUUUCUCAGCAAAAUUGAGGCAGUAUGGAAUCGCUGCGCAAUUUAGAGGAGUCCCUGGGUGGAGGGGUAUACGGGUCAGUGGGUGCGUCGGGCGCGGAGGGUGGGGAGAGACGUGAGGGAGGCAAGCGGGGACGCAGGCCCGGUAGGAAGGCACAACUGGACAAACAGGACAUGAAGGCUAAAUUGGGUAGGUUGGAACGCAGCCGACAGUCGGCUCGCGAAUGUCGCGCCCGUAAGAAGCUCAGAUACCAAUAUCUGGAGGAGCUGGUGGCUGACAGGGAGCGAUCCGUUUUGGCGCUCCGGAAGGAACUUGACAAGUACUACAAAUGGAAUAUGGAAUUGGAUCAAGGUCGGAUGCCCGAGGGGCUGGAGGCGGUACUCCAAGAGAUCGGAGCCGUAAAACAGGAGGAAACCAAACCGUUUUAAAUCUUCUUAUUUAUAUUUAAAUCUCAUAACCAAUUCUUAGUGAUUAUAAUUAAUAAAUUAGUAUUUUGUACUGUUAGCUGUAGAAAUUCAUACACUAUUUUUAGAAUUGAAAAAAAAAAACAAUUUUACUUAAAAAAAAUAUGUAAUCGAUGUUUAGAUUAAACGUAUUUAGAAUGACGUCAUUUACUCUUAAACGCGAACCGGUCACAAAUUAAAACUAUGAAAAUUAAUGAAAUGAUUUUAGAUUAAUUUUUUCAAGUAUGGUCAUCUCUUGCGUUGCAUUUGAUUUCCUUGUAAAGUUCCUUGAAGAUUCGAAAAAUCGGCAUUAUCUAUGCGCCAUCAGACUUUCCUUUUUUAAAUUCUUUUCUAUUUUUUGAACACCAUUAUAAAUAAAUAAAAAAACGUUAGGUUGUACAAUCUGUGGCUGGUUCCUUUUUGUAUGAUCGUAUCCAUUACACAUAAAGUAUCUUUUAAAUGUUCUUAAUUUAAGAAUGUAAAUAUUUUGUUCAAUACCAAGAAUUUGUUUUUCUUCUACUCUUCCGUGAGGUAUGUGAUAAGUUUCAAAAUUAAUAUUCGAUAUUAAUAUGAAUGUGCUUUAAAUUAGCCGUUUACGGAUAGGCAGUAUUUUAAUGUUUUUAGUCUCGUAAGACGUAAAUUAGGGGUAACUGGCUCUCAAAGUUUGAUCGCAGCUUGCGUUCGAUAAAUAGAUUGAAUUCGUUCAGGAAAUAUGAGGGAGAGGCCUAAGUUUACCAGGAUUCCAUCCGAUGUGAAGAAAUAAUUACAUACAAUAAAAUGUAGUUGCUAUAACGUAUAUUGUUUCAAUAAAAAUAGUCGAUCGAAACAUUCAUCCCAUCGUAAUAAUUAAAUAGAAAACGAAUCUCAAAGGUCUCAUCUACCUUUUUGGUUGGAAAAAAAAAUAAAAAAUUUGGAUACCACAUGCUAUUUUUAGUGAAAAACAAACGUUAUAGGAAUUGCAUUAACGCACGUGACUCGUACAUUGAUGCGUCAAGGUUCAGUGAAAUAAAUUAUUUAUGAUCAUCAAUAGAGUUUUGGCCCCAAUUUGACUACCGCUGAACUUCACAAUUGCUUACUGCGCUCUGAAUAUGGUUUUCGGUAUGUACGUGUUUCUCUAUCCCUUUCUAAUGUGAGCGUUAGAAGAAGACGACAAUAAUGUCGCGAUCCCACGCGAGACCGACGUGACGGCAUGCGUCGAAAACUGCAUUCAGUAAAAUAUGCGCUUAUUCGCGUCGUACAAACCGAUUGACAUAAAAUCACAUUUUAAAGAAGACGCCAUUUUGAAUGAAAGAAGUGACGAAUUCGAAUAAUAAACAUGGCCGCCAUUUUACAAACAAGAUCUGUUUGAAGUCACGUACGAUUGUAAAAUAAAUGAGGGAUUUUUGUGAAUUUAGUAGUUUAUAAAGUAUAUUAAAAAAAAAAAACUUGUAAGCUAUAUCACCAAUGUCGACACGUCACCAGGGAUACUAUUGAAGUAGUUUCGUGCUAAAUGAAAAUAUUACCUUAUGUCUAUAUAGUAAAGGUGAUUAAUUAAUAACUAAUAAUUAGUAAUACAUAAU